UAAACUUACAAGAAGUGCACAGCAUGAAGCAGCUGAGUCACACACAGAAUGUUCAGCAUCGACUGAUAUGGUCACAUUAGCGAGACGGAUUGAUUCUAGUUUAAACUCACGGAUACAGGCCUUACUCCAGCAAGUCGAAAUGUUCAAUGCGUUUUUACAGUUCUUCAACAGCGAAAUGCUGGUUCCUGUGGGCAGUUCCCAAGAUGGAUCGAAAGUCAACGUGCCCGGUGACGGUGGUGAUGUUGAUAUUUUACUAAUCUCGAAAACCGCGAUUUUAGAUGAAUCAUUAUUGGAAUACGACCCCCGUUAUCCCGCGUUUCUGAGAGUUCGGGGCGAUAGCACACACUCAGAAAUGUUCAAAUGGAAACGAUUAGUCGAAGAUAUGUACGUCCCAGUCAACGUGUUGAAACAUCUAGAACGAAGAAUAUAUGGUUUACUGAGGGUUUUCGUCAGCGUCGUGUUACGUCCAGGUAUAUCAACCGAUGGGGAAUAUUUUAACGUUUUCAAAGAAUCCGCUGUCGGUUUGGAGAUUGCAGCACUAGAUGGAUCGUCAACCAUGGAUGCUUUGCAUGUGGCUGAGGCUUCUGAAAAGAGGGUCAAUAGAUGGAGUGUAAUGUUGAAGUUCGUUCAUAGUGCUCUGGACUCGUUCGAUGCUAUGGCUAACAAAUGUGAUCCACAUGACUUCUCUAACGCACAGAGUCAAAGACCGUUUUCAAAUAUAGCAGAAGGCGUAACAAGUGCGGGGAUAAAAAUUGCAGACUUGUAUAGAGACUUAAAGGAAAAUGAUGGUGUUUCAACAAUGAGAAACGAAGCAAAAAAGCGAGAGCCCAAAACCGACCCGAUAUACAGAAGCAGUAUAAGCAACGUACAAUUAAUUGGGGAAACAAGUGACCUUCCUAAACUCAUGACUGCUGAUAUAGUACCUGCAUUUACUAUUCAAGGCUGGCCGAGGGUAGCCGAAGAGUGGAUAACUAGGCCUCGAAAAUGGCCUUCGAAAAACUUGGUUCUUAACAUUAUAAAAACAGAUUGUCAGAUCGUUGCCAAACGACCUCUGUAUCCGAAUCUGAAUGGAGACAGAAACAAUGAGGACCAUUCUCCGGAAACAGAUGAAAAUGAUACAUGUUUUCGACUGUCAUUUUCGCAGUGUGAACUAGCCUUGGCAAAACAGCUUUCUGAGGUACCGCUUUUAUGCUGGAAGAUUUUAAAGGCAUAUCAAAAGGCGUUUCUACGCACAGAGCCUCCAGUACUGACUUCGUAUCAUUGGAAGACUGUGCUAUUUUUUAUCAGAGAAGACACUGAUGACGACUUUUGGUGUGAAGGGAAUUUGUUGAAUUGCGUGAUUAGAGCUUUGGAUUUUAUGCUUAGUUGCCUCAAGGCCCGUUUUCUACCAGGAUACUUUGUCCGUGGAGAAAAUCUUAUCGCCGGAUGUCGUGAUGACUUGGUGAUUGUAAUUCUCAACAAGGUUGCUGAAAUACGUAAGUCACCUUCCCAGUUCCUGUUAAUUUUUUUAGAAGAUCCACCGAAGCCCGACGUUUAUAUUAUUUCAAAAGAGAAAAUAAUGGACUAUUUAUGCGCUGAACGUCAGGAAAAUAUGGAAGAAGAUAUAUGUAAUAAUAUUAUACACGGUAUGUGGUCUUUCAUGACAUUUGAACCCAAUGAGGAUAAAAACAAUAGCAAUGAAGAUCAUUUUGACAGCUUCGGAAAAAGAUAUCCCGAAAACUUCCGCAAUUUUGUGCAAUUAAUAAAGGGAAAGAAUAUGAAUAACUCUGGGCAACUUAUUUUAACUGGUGUCGAGGCAUUAAUGGAAACUGUCUUCUCAUUAGACAAAGAGGGUUCAGAAUCAGAUAAUGAAAAUGAGCAAGAUAUAUAUGCAAGAGAGCAACGCACACAAUAUACGAAAGAACAAGACUCACAGACAUCAGGUAUGCCUUUAAUGGCAAACGAACAAAGCGAUAAGACGGCACAUACAACUGCAGACACUGCUGAUUAUAAUAAAACGAGUGCAAUCGUUUCGAGGCAGUCAACUAGACAAUCGGAGAAGUCUUUGAGUCGAGUAAAAAUGGACGUUGAACACAACGAAUAUCCACAACGAGUGAAAGAUAAAGCUGAGUACCAAAUACCUCGUGCUGAAUAUUCUAAUACGUCGACUAAACAACAUGACGAUUCAUUUAGUCGAAAAGUUGAGACGGGUGUUAAAUUUGUAGAUGACUUCGUUCGACUUGUAUCUAAAAGAGACGAUCUGGAAAGCGAUGAAGAAGAACGUGAGUCCGGUUCAGAUCUUCUCAGUUUUGCUGGAAACUUUAUAGAAAAGUUCCGAAACAAACUAAGUGAGGAAAAGGCUAACAACCAUGACAACAUGAACGAUUCAUGUAAAACAAAUACAUCUGAACGUGCACCAUGUGACCUCGACCUUGAUUGAGUAUUGAGUUAUGAGUUUUUUCGCAAAACAUACCAUGGUCAAUACCGUCCCCUCUCUAAACCUUUAUAAAAAGGUCAGGACCGGUCUCAAAUGCUGUGAUUGUUUCCAAAACAGGCAUAACACAUGUAUAAGUAUGUUCAACAAUUUAUUAGUAUUAAUCUCUAAAGGCAGUUGUUUGUAAAUUAUUAAUUAAAGUAUGAUAGAAACACAAAAUAAUUAAAUCAAUUUAUUUAUUUAAGCAAUUUAUUUAUUUUCAACCAGCAGAUCAAACCUCUCGUUUGUAUAUAAAAAAAGUACACAACGUUUAUCAUUUCUUUAACGGCCUUAUUGAAGACACUUUCUAAUUUCAUAUUUUUAAAAAUAUGUCGUCUUUUAUUAUGUGAUAUAUGCACAAAGAGUAUUUACUUUCAGUAAUAACUUAAAAAAUAUUAGACACACAAUUGAAUUCAACAAAAUAAACUAAAACUGCAUAGCAAUAACUAUUUAACUGAGACCUCGGUCGUUCACAUAAGAGCUUGAACAUUUGACAUCAUAACAUAGUGAUCAUAAUUUAGAAAUAAAAAAUGAAAAACAAGCCCAAGUAGACACGUUAAUGUCAGCACUAUUUUAAAACAAUUACUUAUUGUUAAGUUAAUUGUAUUAUCACAUAAUCACGUUUUCCAAAUUUUCGAUGAAACCAGAAAAGCUCUGUUGUACAUAUUUCGCUUGACGAGUAUCGUGCCUCAGAAAGUUGUAUUUAUCUUGCACUGGCAACUAUUUUGUCAUUAUUAAGUAACUAAAUAUCAGUGAAGUUUAAAUGUCUAUUUAUUGCUCUUUAUAAAUUUGAAUUGCGUUGGUGUGCAUUUUAAGUUAUGUUGUAUGUAUUGACCUGUAUAUAAGAAAACAUCGGUCAUUAGCCUUAAAAAGACGACUAGCGGAUAUAAACAAUAAUUUCUCUGUUGACUGUGUUUCAGUUGUAACAAAAUAAUAUUUCUUCAAUAUUUCCCAACACGUUAGCGUAGCGAUAUACGUUUAAACUUCUUAUUUUCUGAAUCCAUGGUAAUUGUGUUAAUGGUAAUUUUGUCAAUUUGUUGACUGGUCAUUUUAAGGCAAGCAGCUUCCACCGCCAAUAAUACAGUUUAUAAUAUGUGGCAUUAUUGGGUGAUAAUAUAUCAUUAUCAUUACAUAUACACUUAUAUAUUUAUACAUAUAUGUACUUUAUAUAUUUAUAUAUAUACUUAUUUUUGUAUAUUUAUACGUUCGAAUUGAAAAUGACCUUUAUAAAGGGUAACUCAUAAUGUAUUAUAAUUUUAUUAUGAUUUAAUUUAUACAUAUCGUCCCCUCCCCGCGAAAAUCGCCAACCUCAAUAUGUACAAGUUUUCAGAAGGAAAAAACUUCAUUUUUUUUAAUUACAGCAUGAAGCUAAAACUUUGUAUUAUGUAUCCCUACAUGUGCCCUAAUGUGUAAAGGGACGUUUGCCUGUUUCUGUAGUCAAUAUGAGAAAAUUGUCAAACUCAAGCUUUUACAGCUUUUACAGCUUGAGUUAGACAAUGUUCUCAUAUUUUUUUACUUGUCUACAUUUAGUGUGGAAAUUUUCGUUCCAACCAAUCGAACUUCGCAAAAUCCUCACAUGGUAUAACUUUGUAAGCCGAUUAGAUAGGACCUUGGAAUUCUUCGCGGGAGAAGCGGGCUGUUUUCACCAGAGCGAAAAUGUCAAAACCCGUUUUCGUGCCGAAACUGAGAUUGGCCAUUUUCGCGGGGAGUGGACGAUAUGUGUUUAUAUAAAAGGUUGAUAAUAAACAACGUUCUUAUUACCCCCCGUUCACACAAAGACGCCGCUUCUACUACGAUCAAAGUGUGGCCGAAAACGAGGCCGAUCGUGACACAUCGCUGGAGAAACGUAGUGGAGUCUUAAAAGCGCAGUAUGAUUGCGGUAGAGUCUUCAUGAUCGGAGAGGUCUACGCUCUCGCCACGCUUAUUUUGAACAUGCUCAAAUCAAGCGUAACGGGAGCGUGGCCAACAAGAAUCGGUGUAGAGUCGUAAAAAGAGCGUAGUAGAAGCGCCGUAAUCGUACAGGUAGCGCGGAAGCAUCGUGGAGGGAUCUUUAUGAUCGCAGUAAAAGCGCAUUAAAAUCUCUGAGUAGCGUCGUAGUAAGAUUUUGAAUGUCGCGGCAGUAAACACAGUAAGCGUUUGACGUAGGGGCAUCGUAGAACGGUCGAAAUGAAGACCAUAAUUUUUCAAAUUGCUCGAAUAAGACUCCGAUCGGCCUCGAUCCCUUUUUUCAGAUCGUGGCUUGAUCGCGAUGAUCGUCGUAACGUCGCAGCUAUGUGUGAACGGGGGUAAAUUUCAGUGAUGAAGAUAUGUUUUAAAUGAUAAUUGGUUAAUGUGUUGUUUACGUAUAGUUAACUCAAAAACAAUAGCUGAAUCAAGAAAGAUAUUAAAGAUAUGCGGCGUAUAUUCUAAAUAAUUAAACUGAAUACACGUGUUAAAAAGUUG